AUGGAAGCUCUCGUGGAACAGGUUCGCUCUCUGGCCAAGAAUGGCGACGAGAAGGUCCGCAAGUCUAUUCUGGACACCUUGCAGUCGUUGAGAAACUCAAUCGAGACCCCCGAUGAUACCAUUCAGCGUUAUACCUUCUAUAACCUGCAGCUUGCUGCCCUGCGAGUCGGAGUUAACCUGAAGCUCUUUAACUACCUGGCAGAGAGCGAAAAGCCUCUGACAGUUGCUGAGCUUAGCGAGAAGACAAGCGCAGACCCAGUCUUUCUAGGCCGCAUUCUCCGUUACCUGGCUUCAUUUGGAGCUAUCAAAGAGACAGAGCAGGAUGCCUUCACCCACACUAACAUCACACAAACAUUCGCUGUGUCUGGAUUCCAAGCUGCUGUCUGUCACUACUUCGAUACCAUGGGCCCCGCGAUUCAGAAUCUACCCGACUUUUUGAAGGAGACCAACUAUGCCGACCCUGAGAACAGCGCCAACACUGCCCUUCAAAAGGCGUUCGGCACCGACCAGCCCGCCUUUUUCUGGCUUCAGACUCAGCCAGAGAAAAUGGGCUUUUUCCAGGAGUACCUCACUGUGAACCGCGCUGGAAUGCCCACAUUCUUGGAUGCCUACCCAAUCCAUGAGAAGGCAACUGGAUUAAGCCCAGAGCGGGCGCUUUUUGUUGACGUUGGCGGUGGUUUUGGUCACCAGGCUAUUGCUUUCAGGGAGAAAUACCCUGACCUCGAGGGACGUGUCAUUGUUCAAGAUUUGGCACCCACUCUCCAGCAUGCCCUGAAGCAUCCAAAUGUGGAGACCGUUGAGCAAGACUUCUUCCAGCCCCAAGCUAUUCGGGGUGCCAAAUUUUACUACCUGCGAAACAUCUUCCACGAUUGGCCUGAUGACAAGUCCCUAGCCAUUCUCAAGAACAUCAUUGACGCUUUAGCGGAGGAUUCUGUGAUCCUGAUUGAUGAUAUGGUUUUGCCUAACGUCGGAGUUCACUGGCAAGCCGCACAGUUGGAUGUUCUCAUGAUGACCACUUUGGCAGCCCGGGAGCGUACCCAGGAUCAGUGGUAUAAGCUGCUGGAGAGUGCUGGCCUGAAGAUCAACAGUAUCACCCCUUAUACUUCUAGUCUGAAGGACAGUAUCAUUGAGGCUGUUCCUGCUUAG